UGGUAGUGGCCAUAUUUGUUGAUGUGUCAUAGCAAAGAUACGUGUUGGGCCGAUCAGCUGCUGGCAAGGCAGCUCAAAGUUCACCUUUUAACUCAAGUUGCCUGCACACUGAGCCGCUCAUGGAUUUACCAUACUCGAUGUGAUACAAAAAGGCACCAUGGAACAAGCUGAUUUAGCCUCGGAUGUGCACAUGAUGAAAGCACCUGUCGUCAAGUCAAUGACAGGUCUGCAGCUCCAGAAGUGUACAACUCAAGUGGAAAAUCACGCGUCUGACGAAUUCACAGAGGAAUGUGUGCAGACAAAAUACAUUCCUGUGAACAUCCAAACAGAGGUUGAAGAACGAGAAGAAGGGCGUGAGCUCUCCUCUGGUAACAACACUGAUAGCAUGAUAAGUUCAGCAGAGGACGAAAGGCCACCUCUAUCAAAUGAAGACUCUUCAGGCGAUGUGGUUGAACGCUCCCCCACCAUUCUUGAAGGGAGGAUAGAAACGGUACUGACUUUUGAGAAUGAUUCCCCUGUUGAGGAGUCGCCACUGGAUAUGGUUUCAAAUGGUCACAGCGACGAGACUUCACCACAGAGUAACAGUGGAUUAACUCAGAGUCUCCAAUGUGCUUCCAAAGACUCUCCCCCAUACUCGGCCACCUCAUCUGGUAUCUUUAACGGCCCCUCUACUCCUACUUCGGACAAUAUCAGCUCCUCACUCACGUCCAGCCCACAAAGUGGCGGCAACGCUCCUGUCAACCCCUCUGAGUCCUCGUCCAGCCCAUACGACACGGACUGCAGUCGCAAGAUGAUUUCCCAGAUCCAGCGCUCGUUGUCACAGGAGUCCCUGCUGGAUGAGCUGGAGUCUGACCUGUUGGCCUGCCGAAUGUCUAACAUUGAACGGGAAGGCGAGAGGAAAGGAAGCCCACCCAUCAAUGGACUCCCCCCAGAGCAGGAGGACUGCAUGGUGGUGUUUGAGAAGUGUGUCCAGUACAAGUAUGCACAGCAGGAAAAGUCCAUUCAGAGGUUAUUGGAGGAGAACAAGAGGCACCAGGAUCUGAUCCUGGGUAUCUGCUCUGAAAAGGACAACAUGAAAGAGGAGCUGAAAAAGCGGGCUGAGACAGAGAAGCAGCACAUUGGCACCAUUGGAAAAUUGGAGGGCAGGGUAGAGGAGCUGCUGAGGGAGCUUAAAGAGACUCGGGACAAACUAAUUCAGCAGGACCAGGCGGCCAAGGCUGGCCUUGUGCAAAUGCAGAAAGACAUGACCCAGCGCCUUGAACAGGCGAACAGGAAAUCUGAGGAGGCGCGCCAAGAGAAGGAGACCAUGGUAAUGAAAUAUGUGCGUGGGGAGAAAGAGGCCCUGGACUUGAGACGUGAUAAGGAAAGUAUGGAGAAGAGGCUUAGGGAGGCCACGAAGGAGGUGGACCGUCAGGCCCUACGAGGGAACCAGCUGGCCCAGGAGAGAGGCCGGCUCCAGCAACUGUGUGAUGCCAAGGAAGGGGAAGUCACCAGGCUGACUCGUGAGGUGGAAAAAUUAAAGGAGGAAAACAACUCACAUCUUAUAAAGGUCAGAUGGGCGCAGAACAAACUCAAGAGUGAGGCAGACGCCCACAAGGAGUCUAAAGACAAGCUGAGGGAUAUCACAUCCAAACUGGCCCAAGCCAAAGAAGAGACCGAGCAGAUCCGCAAGAACUGCCAAGACAUGAUCCGAACAUACCAGGAGUCCGAAGAGAUCAAGUCUAACGAGCUGGAUGCUAAACUGAGGGAGACCAAAGGAGAACUGGAGAAACACAAGCAGGAGCAAACAGACCAAUUAGAGGUGCAUCGCGUGAAGGCUAAAGAGCUGGAGGACCUCAAGAGGAGUUACAAGGAGAGCAUGGAUGAGCUGGACACUCUCCGCACUAAGUUGAAGUGUCUGGAGGACGAGCGUCCGCGAUGGGAGGACGAGCUGAGCAAGUACCGGGAGAUCAUCAACAGGCAGAAAGCUGAGAUCGGUCGCCACAGGGAGGACCUGGACAAGAUCGCCGCACUUCAAGAGCAGCAUCAACGCGACCAGAAGGAGAUCACGUCUCACUGCGAGGAGGUCGACGCACUAAACAACCAGAUGGCCGAUCUUCAGAGCGACGUGCAGGGCAGCAGGGAGCGCGAGGCCGAGCUCCUGGGCUUCACCGAGAAGCUCAGCAGCAAAAACGCGCAGCUGCAGUCCGAGAGCAACGCUCUGCAGGCACAGCUGGAUCAGCUCAGCACCAGGUUUGCCGAGCUUCAGGCCAAGAUGGAGGAGACCAGCAGCAUGCUGGACGAAAAGUCACGGUGGCUCAAGCAUGAAGAGCUGCUGAGGCAGCAGGAGGUGCAGGGUCUGCAGGAGGAGCGGAUGGCGCUGGAAGCCGAGGUGGGCCAACUCAGGACACAAGUCGACGAGUUGAGGGACGAGCUGGUGACGCAGAAAAGGAAACAGACUGUCAACAUGAAGGACCUGACCAAACAGCUAACGCAAGCGCGAAAGCGACUAGAGCAGGUUGAGAAUGGAGGCUGCGAUCGGGAUGGCGGCAGCAUGGGGAGCAGAUCUAGUUCCUCAGGUGCUUCCUCUGGCUCCUUGAACGUACGUCACGGUGGCAACGAGGACCGCUCGCCAGAGAGCCAAACGGGCCCCUCGAUGAUGGUCGUAGACAGCUUCCCGGAGGUGGACAAAGCCGUGCUGGUGGAGCGUAUCGUCCGUCUGCAGAAGGCGCUUGCUCGCAAGCAGGAGAAGAUCGAGUUCAUGGAGGAUCACAUCAAGCAACUUGUGGAGGAGAUCCGGAAAAAGACCAAAAUCAUCCAGAGCUACGUGCUCAGGGAAGAAUCGGGGGCCCUCUCGUCGGAGGCAUCGGACAUCAACAAAGCCCACCUGAGCCGGCGGGGCGGCAUCAUGGCGUCGCUGUACACGUCCCACCCAGCUGACAGCGGGUUGACGCUGGACCUGUCACUGGAGAUCAACAGGAAGCUGCAAGCAGUGCUGGAGGACACGCUGCUGAAGAACAUCACUCUCAAGGAGAACCUUCAGACAUUGGGCGCAGAGAUUGAGAAGCUGAUAAAACAGCAGCGAGAUCCCGUGGACGGAGCAAGGAGUAAUUAAUAGUCCAGGACUAAGUGGACAUGAUGAAGGACUGAUCAUGAAUGUGCCAGUAGCAUCUCUUCUCCUCUUACUUGAAUCCUUCCAUCUCCUGAUCUCUGGAUCUUCUUCUGCAAUGAGCCAUGCCAUGAUCCUUCAGUGGACCUUUUAAGACCUCAACAGGGCAUCGUAGUGAAUGUAAAGAAAUGAAGCAUGGAUGUGAAUCUUGUCUUCUGGUAAGUCAGUGAAACCUCCAUGCCAAAAUGUUCCAGCCCGUCAUGACGUCCAUACAGUACGUGAAGCAGCAGCCAUCUUUGUGACGCCGUGCUCAGCUUGCAGAAGUAAAGUACAGCCAGUCUGAAUGUCAGUUCUUUUUUCUAAUUAAUUUUUUUUUUCCAAUUUGAUUUUAUUUCCUUCACCUAUUUUUAUUUUUAUUUUUUUUAAGGGUAAGCUCUUUUAGAAAGUCUCAUUUCAUUGAAAUACUUGGGAAGAAUUACCUCAGACAUUUUGGCGUUUUCUUCUCCCACUAGUCACACGUUGUGCCGCACUCGUAGCUCAAAAUCAGGGGCAAAAAUCUAAAGCAACAUCAUUUUCUGUUUCCUUGCAUUUUUGUUUUGUUUUGUUUUAUUGCAGGGGAUGGCGCCAUUUGUCAUUGCAACGUAACUAUUCCAUGCAACAAAAUUAAGCAAAAAAAAAUCAAUCAAAUCAUUUUUCAAUAAGGAAAUUCAUAGAUAUAAACAAUGUUCAAAUAUAUACCGUACGUACAUAAUGUAUUUUAAGGAGCUGUUUUGUGGGAGUGUAUCACUAUAGUAUUACUAUAGUACUAUACAUUAUAGUACAGUACUUAUGUUGCAGGGAAAUGAAUGAUGUCAUAUAGUGCACUAAGACGUUUUCAUUGUUUUAGGGUUUUUUUCACCACGUGCAUGGUACUACUUAGUAGGGAAAUGUCUUAAAUGUUGAGGUAUUCUUACCACAGUUUUUUUUUUUUUUUUUUUGGGUGUUGUAGCUCCAAAAACUUCUAUUCUAGCCAGGGACAAAGUGCAAUGUGCUUCCUUUCUUUUAGCAUGUGUUUGACAUGUACAGAUGUGCAUACGUGACCACACGCGUGUGCCUUUUUUUGUUGUUGUUUUUUUUGCAUUGUUUUUGUUCACACCUCAUGUUGAUGAAUAUUGAUCAGUUUUUGCAUUAAGAUCACAGCAGACAUUUACUCUUAAAAGUAAAAAUACAAAAAAAAUGAAGGGAACAGUUGAGACAAGCACUUGUAUGCGCUUUUUAGGUUUACCCCUGUAAUGUACGCCCUGAGGCAACACUGAAAUGUCAAUUGUGGCAGCACAUGACCUUUACUUCAGCCAAUUAAAUCCAAUUAUUUUCAUAAAAAUGUGUUGUUUUUUUGUCCCACGCCCCGCAUCUCCCUCCCCCAUUCUGUGCAAUCCGUUUGCGGGUUGUGUCAAACUGUGAUUCUAAACUUUGUAGAUUCUGUAAAAUUGACCUUUUUAAAUGGAGUCUCUCUGUGUAUUUAUACAGGUGCAUCUCUAUAAAUUAGAAAAUCGUUUUGCGUGUUCUGCGUUUCACUUUUUGAAUUGAACUACUGAAAUAAAUGAACUUUUCAAGGAUAUUCUAAUUCAUUGAGAUGCACCUGCAUAUGCAGUGGAAUAAAAAUGACAUGAGUCUUA